UUCCUAGUUCCUGCGUGUAAAUUUUCCAAGUGACACAGGAGGCCAGAAUCUAUUUGCUGCUUCCAGAAGUCUCCGCGGGAUUCCCGAAGUUUCCAGAAGUCACUGUGCACGGAGAAACGAAAAUUUCCCCUGGUUGAUCAAGCGGCGCGGCGGCGGCGGCGGGGUAUCGAAAUUUCCCCUUUCUCCUCCUACUCCUCGUCGUCGUCGUCCUCCUCCCCGUCUCUCCCUCGUCAACCUCCACUCCCUCUCCUCCCCUCCCCUCAAGAGAAAAUGGCCGUCGGGGAGCUGGGUGAUGGUGCUGCAUCGGAGGGGAUGGCGCGGUUAUCCCUAUCAGCAACGGUGACGGCCAUGGCGGCUACGGCUACGGCUACGGCGACCUCCAGCGUCUUCGACAACGACGACCUCCUCCGCGAGAUCCUCGUCCGCGUCGCGUUGCCCCACUGCCUAGUCCGCGCCUCCCUCGUCUGCAAGUCCUGGCUCCGCAACGCCUCCGACCUGGUCUUCCUCCGCCGCUUCCGCAGCCUCCACCCCCCUCCGACGCUGGGGUUCUACAUCGAUUCCUCGGUACUCUCUUGCCCUCGCUUCGUAGCCCUGCAAGGCCAUCCUCCUGAGCUAGGUGUUCUCCUCGGCCGCGCCAGCCGACACUUCGAUGCGUGGAGCGAUGUGCCCUUGAGCAUGUGGGAUUCCAGAAAUGGGCGUGUGCUUGUCGAAAUCUAUGGGAAACUUGCGGUGCAUAGUCCUCUUCUUCCGCCUGCUGAUAUUUCUGUCUACCCACAGACCCCUCUGAAAGUGUGGCUAGAUCGUUCUUUCACCUACAACCUCCAUGAAUUUCUUCCUGAGGAUGGUGGUAAUGGGAGAGAGUACUACCGACUGGCUUUAGGCUACAAAUGCAAGUGCAUGAUAGCUUAUCUGUUUCAUUUGGUUGAUGGCAUCUGGGUUGGUCGUGCGUCCGACACUAUUUCAUUCCCAGGACCUGAUGAACAGGCCGAGCUGGUCAUACCAUUAGGAGUUCAUGCUUUUGGAAAAUUAUUUCUCCUCACUAACUUCAGCAUCAUCAUUGUGUUGGAUUGCAAGACUCUGGAGUUGACCAAAGUGAAUAUUACUGAUGAGAUUGAAUUGGAAGAUUGUGAUGAGGUUGAUCUGUGCGAAGGCAAGCUCGAGGAUGAGUUUACUCUCGUAUGUCUCCACCCCACAAAACUUCAAGUGUGGACUCACAACUUGUCUCAAAUUACAUGGACAUUAUCUCAUUCUGUUGCAAGGGAUGAUAUACUUCAAGCAUCCGUUACAGAGGCUGGAGAAUCGUGUGCCCAUGUCAGUAUUCUCGGAAUCGCAAACGCUGGGAAGUCAGCAUUUCUAAAGCUGGAUGAUUCUAUAUUCUUAUUGGACAUCGUUGCAAAGAACAUGACCAAGGUUUACGAAAUCUGUCCCGAGGAUGGGGAUAUUGAAAGAAUAUAUCCACUGCUGAUGAUCUGGCCACCAAAAUUUCCAGCACAUCUUACAGGGAUGGAUGAUCCGAUGGAAUCAAUUUUGGAGCCUGGGAGUCAUAGAGCACUGUCAGAUCCAUGAGGUUCUGUUAUCCACUGACGAAAAUGAUGCAAAGUUUUGGGGAAUGAAAAUUCUGGGAGGAAAAUGUGUACUGAGGACUAGCGAUCUAUCUAGAGCACUUCAUAGUUUGUCUCUUGAAGGAACACUUUAAGUCCUCUCCAAAUUGUCUCGAUGGAGUUUUUUUCUUUUUUUCCAUUUUCCAUGUGGAGUUCUCUCCAUGUAAAAAAUUCCAAAUGUUCCCUCCCUCCCUCCCUCCUGUUUCUCUGACCAGUAACCAGCUAAAUGUAACACAUUGGUGAAUGACAUCUGUUCCAGGCAUCAUAUUUGUGCGCAUUCCCUGGAAAAAGAAACUAUUAUCAAUAUAGAUGCCUAGAUGUGAUGUUAA